AUGGCUCCCAAGAAGCCAUACAAGCAUACUCCCGAGCAGCUUGCUCUGGCAGAAGCGCGUAGGUUGAAGAGAGAACGCCUCGCCGCUCAAACGACCAGCGCAGUGCCAGGUUCCGAACCACAGAGCACCAUAAAGCCACGCGACUGGCUGGAAGUUCAGAGUACCGCCAAGAGAGAGGUUGAUUUCUGUGUAAAGGUCUUCACUUGGAAUUUGCUGGCUCAGUGUCUAGUUCGCCGGGAACUAUUUCCUUCAAGUGACUGCCUAAAAAGCGGAACGCGCGAGGGAAUGCUUCACGACGAACUCCUGACACAGAGAGCAGACGUGUUGUUCUUGCAGGAAGUCGACCGACUUGAGAAGAUCGAGCCUCUCUUGACCAAAGCUGGGUACAAGCAUCAGUAUGGCGCCGGUCCUAACAAGAAGCACGGUUGCAUGAUUGCUUAUACUUCAGGCUUCGCCCAACUCGACCACAGAGUUAUUCAAUACGAUAACGAGGAUGCGCGGGUGGCAGACACGGAGCGAACGCGUCGUGGUAGCAGCUUCAAGACGAGGAACAUCGGCCUUCUCUGUGCUUUGCAGUCGGUUCGAAAUCCUACCCAAGGCAUAAUAGCCGCGACGACGCAUCUCUUCUGGCACCCCAGGUAUACAUACGAAAGAGCUAGACAGGCAGCAAUACUAAAGCGGGAGGUAAACCGAUUUCGCGCUGAUAUAGGCCGUCCGGAUUGGCCAUGCGUUGUGGCAGGAGACUUCAAUUUUGCUCCAGACGACCCAGUGUAUUCUCUCCUCGUUGGCGACACUCUGCUCCCCGAACAAGAGGCCCUGAUCUCACCUUCCCUGGUCGUUCACAAAUCAAUAGAUCCCACCGUUCCACCUACUGGACCGAAAGUAGCGGAGGAAGGGGAAGAUGGAGAGAGUACCGACCCCGAUCGUGUCAUUACCGAUGCUCGUUCUGCUUUAGAAGGCGACGGUCUGCUCUCGAUCCCAGAGCUCUUAGAAACGUUCCAAUCGCAUGCACCCUGGUGCAGUGUCUACGACGAUGGCCUUUCACGCAUCAAGGCACAAUCACCCGAUAUCAAAACUUUUGGAGACCGAGUAAAUAUCCCAAGGACGAGGAAGGGAGCCCAUGAGCCCGAGUGGACAAGUUACACGCACUAUUGGAAAACUGUAUUAGAGAGGCAACUCAAUAUCCAUGGCAUUCUUGUACCUUUUGCAACCGAGGACCUUCGGCCGGGCCUCCCAAGGAAAGGCGUUUCUUCUAGCGACCACAUGUCCCUCUGCGCCGAGGUCUCUUGGUCGAGACAAUAG